GUAAAAAGUGUCCCAAUCCACAUUCGUGUUUUUCUUUUGGCCACUAGCUAAUUGCCCAAUUAUUUUAUUUCCCCAGCAAAACUCCAGUCGGCCUGGAAUCCACAUUCAGGACUAAAAGCCCAUGUCCAGGGAGUCCGGGGAUUUGUCCUGUGUCUGUCUGCCUCUCCAUGGUCCCUGCCCAGCCCUGGCCCGACCCUUCUGAGUCCCCAGAUCAUCUGGGGCUGGGGGGUGUGCUCUGCCCGCUUCAGGGGUCGGGCAGGACUGUGCCCUGGAAAGAGCUUCAGGGUGUGGAAGGAAUUCAGUCCUGGGAAUCGAAGGCCGAGCUUUCUGCUGGCAGCCAUCAGAAACUGUGGAAGCUUGAGCAAGUGGUCGCCUCUCCAAGCCUCAGUUUUCCUGCUUUAAAAAUGGGGGUAGGGGCAGAUUGGCCUGGAGAGGCCAUGUCGGCUCUCAGCUCCCUGAGUCUACAAAGUAGCCGGGGACAGGAGCAGGGGGCCCCUUGCUGGGCAAACCCUCUGGGGUCCCAAAUGCUCUCAGGCUACUCCCGCCUGAGGGAGGUCCCCAGGAUCUAGAAGAGUUGUUUCCCAACUGUGGACCACCUGCCCACGUGCCCACUGGCCCCGAGGGGCCCCCUGAGCACCGGGUUCCAGAAGCCCCAUUCCUCAGUCAGAGAUGCUGGGUGUUGACUAGUAGUUCCAGUCCCCACUGAGGACGAAACUCUAGGGUCGUCUGUGUGCUGGGAGGCCAACCCAGGAGCCCAGUGACCGGCCUGGGGGAGGCAGAGAAUCGGGAGAGGACAGUCUUUCCUGUUUACGGUCUUCUUGGGAAAAUGAAGUUUCAGUGUAACUGAUCAGUGAUCCCUGCUGCAAAAGGGGCUUGGGCCACUGAGGAGUCCCAGGGGUCCUCAGCCCCGAGGUGUCUCCUGGGGGGAGGAGGGCGGCAAGAGAACCUCGUGUUCUCAUGCUGGACGGCUGGGGAGCAGCAGCACUGGGCCUGACCUCUCCCAGCCCUGGGACAGCAGGUCCCUGUUGAAACCAACACAGGGGGCCACAUGGCCUCAUUGUGAACUUCCAGCCCCAGGGGGCUCCUGGGGCCUAGAUGUUGGGGGCCUGGGGAGGGGUCCCCGGCCUGCGAGGGGCAGCCCGGGUGUUACUUCCUUGGCACCAUCCUGGCCCGUGAUAAGCCACCGGGCUUCCUCUCUGCAAGUGGCGAGGGAGGUGGACCAUUGCAUAUUUAUGGAACAGCAGCUCAGGACAGCUUCCAGGGACGAAGGGCCGUGGGUCCUGGGUCGCCUGCGAAUGUGACACUUCUGCACCUUUUGGCUUGACUUAAGGCCCAAAUGUUUGCAUCAAGUAAGUCCCUGCUAAUCACUUGCAAAGAGAAGCCACAGCUCGGCUCCCGGCGGAGGCUGCGCUUGGCCCAGAGAGAGCAGGAGGCCCGUGGGGUGCAGGGGGGUUCAGACUAUGGGAGACGUGAGCACUCUGAUGGGACUCGGUCCCUCCCUCUGCGUUGCUCCUUCCCAUUGCUUCUGGAAGGUGCGUUCGGACACCUGCUUCCUCUGCUGUUGUGAAUACAUGCUCAGAGCUGAGCACAGUGCCUGGAGCGUGGUGAGCACUCAAGAAAUUAUUGUUCUCGUGGCCAUUUUUAGAAAGACCACGGGUAACAAGGAUGGCAAGCCCUUAUUGUGCACUUACUGUAUACCAGGUUCUGGGAUACACAUCCUCCGUGUGCUAAUGCAUUUGCUCUCCUGUGAAGUAGACCCAGUUCUUACCACCCCUCCUUCAGAUGAGGAAACUGAGUCACUGAGGCCUUGAGGAACUUGCUAGAAGGUCAAACAGCCAGCAAGGCACGCAGGCCCCAUAUGUGCACCCAGCCUGGGAGGCUCCGAUUCCCACGUGCUCCGUACCCGAGGCUUUGGACAGGACAUGGGUCUGGGCAGCUAUGGCCUCACUUUCCAGGUCCCUCUCCCUUGACCCAGAUCCCCCUGAGCUCUGGUGAGAGCCCACGGCCUGACUCAGGGCAUGGAGUGUUCCCAGAAUGAUGCGUGCAGCCUGAAGGGCUUCUCUUGCUCUGAGGUCGGUGACUGCAAAGACACUUGCAAAGUUGCCCUUCCUGGGACAGCCAGAGAGCCGGGUCUGACAGCAGCAGCUUCCUCCGUCGUGGACAGGACACUGUCUUCCGAGGGCCUGUGGAGGGGAGCAGGAGGGGGCCCUCAGGGACGGACAGUGGGCAAGGAUGAGUCCAGGGGCUUCUGUGGGAGCUCGCUGAAUGAGGCCUGGCCCAGAGCAGGCAGGAAUACAGGGUUCUCUCCCUCCUUCCUUCCUGACGAACACACAGACACCCAGACUGGCCUCCAGGGAAGAUUUCAACAGUUGCCCAAUAGGAUUCUCUUUCUUACAGAAUAGGACCACCUUUUCAUAGACCGGGACCAGAGCAGGGCCGGGGAAAUUCAGCAGGCACUAAAAUGAUCACUGAGCUGCCCAGACAGCAGUGGCUGGAGGCCCCAGGCUGGUGUGGCAUGCAGACAGGCCUUUGUGCCUGUUCUAGACGGCCCCCUCCUCGAGGCUCCUGGACCCGUCUGGCCGCUGAGCUCCCAGGAGGUCCGAGGGGUGUGGCCUCCCUCCCUCCACCCCAGGCCCGUCCCAGGGCUGGCUAUAAAGCUGGCCCAGCCUGGCCCUCUGCACAGCCCGCGGGGACCCUCCCGGAGCCUCCUGGGGGGACACGUCUGUCUGCUCCGCCCCUCCUCCUCCGUCCCACGCGCGGCACCAUGAGGCCGCUGUGGCUGUGCUGGGCGCUCUGGGCGCUGCCCCUUUCCGGCCCCGGGGCCGCCCUGAGUGGGGAGCAGAUCCGGGGCCGUCUGCUGCAGCAGCUGCACCUCAGCGAGGUGCCCGUCCUGGACGAGGGCGACGUCGGGGAGCUGGUCACCCCUGCCCACGUGAUGGCGCAGUACGUGGCCCUGCUGCAGCGCAGCCACAGGGCCCGCUCUCGAGGGAAGAGGUUCAGCCAGGAAUUCCGAGCCCCAGAUGGGUCACCCAACAUCUCUGAGCCUGUUGGCUUCUCUGGAAAUGAGGCUGAACCAGCUCUGACUCCCUCCCAGAGUCGGGGGCGGUUUGUGAGAUGAGACAGAAGGGCCGAUUCCAUCAUUUUAAAGGUCAGGCAGUAGGAGAUGGGCCAGGUCUGAAUCCCACUGCACCCUCUCACCUCCGUGGGGCCGGGGCUCCCCUUCUCAGAGCCCAGGGACAGGCCGGGUGGGGUGCCUGGAGGCCUGGAGACUCCGCAGAGGUGACUGCCCUCCCAUUUCUGCUGUGCCCCCUUUGCCCAAAGAAGGCUGUCCAGGGACCUACUGGCUCAGCCGGUGGAGCACGUGACUCCUGAUGUUGGGGUUGUGAGUUCGAGCCCCACAUUGGGCAUAGAGAUUUCUUAAAAGUAAAAUCUUAGGGGCACUCAGGUGGCUCAGUUGGUUGAGUAUGGACUCUCGAUUUUGGCUGGGGUCAUGAUCUCAGUGUCAUGACAUUGAGUGCGGCCUGCGCUCCGCACUGGGGGGGAGCCUGCUUGAGAUGCUCUCUCUUCCUCUGCCCUCCUCGUGCACCCCCACCUCGGGCACCCACGUGUGCUCUUGCUCUCAAAAUAAAAUAAAAUAUUUUAAAAAACAAACAGAUAAGAAGGCUGCAUGUCUGUGCACUGAGGCAAAGCCCCAGCCCACACAUUCUCCCUGGGGAUUCCUGGGGAUCUCCCUGCGAUCUCCCUGGGGACUCCUGGGAAAAUGCUGUUCCCUGGCCCGGGCCCUGCCCCCCUUGCUGCCGCCCUGGUGGUGGAGAGGCCUCCUGACCCUGCUCCUGUCCCCAGAGGUGGCGGGCAGGUGGCUGGCAUCCGAGGCCUCCACGCACCUGCUGGUGUUCAGCAUGGAGCGGCGGCUGCCCCCCAACAGCGAGCUGGUGCGGGCCGUGCUGCGCCUCUUCCAGGAGCCGGUGCCCAGGGCCGCGCUCCGCAGGCACGAGCGGCUGUCCCCGCACAGCGCCCGUGCCCGCGUCACCAUUGAGUGGCUGCACGUCCGGGACGACAGCUCCAACCGCACCUCCCUGGUGGACUCCAGGCUGGUGUCCCUCCACGAGAGUGGCUGGAAGGCCUUCGACGUGACCGAGGCCGUGACCUUCUGGCAGCAGCUGAGCCGGCCUCGGGAGCCCCUGCUCCUGCAGGUGACGGUGCAGAGGGAGCACCUGGGCCCCCCAGCCUCGGGGGCCCACAAGCUGGUGCGCUUUGCCUCCCAGGGGCCGGCAGGCACCGGGCAGGGCGAGCCCCAGCUGGAGCUGCACACGCUGGACCUGGGGGCCUAUGGAGCUCAGGGCGAUUGUGACCCCGAGGUGCCCUUGACGGAAGCCACCCGCUGCUGCCGCCAGGAAGUGUACAUUGACCUGCGGGGGAUGAAGUGGGCUGAGAACUGGGUCCUGGAGCCCCCCGGCUUCCUGGCCUACGAGUGUGUGGGCACCUGCCAGCAGCCCCCGCAGCCCCUGCCCUUCAAGUGGCCGUUUCUGGGGCCGCGGCAGUGCGUCGCCUCGGAGACGGCCUCGCUGCCCGUGAUCGUUAGCAUGAAGGAGGGAGGCAGGCCCAGGCCGCAGGUGGUCAGCCUGCCCAACAUGAGGGUGCAGAAGUGCAGCUGCUCCUGGGAUGGGGCGCCCGUGCCCAGGAAGCUGGAGCCUUAGGUGUGGGGCGCAGCCACUGAGGCCUCAGACGGCACAGGUGCACAGAAGCAGGUCUUGACGUAGGUGUUAAUUUCCUCCUUAGCAAGUGACCCCUGGCCCCGCUUAGCGCCCCCGUUUCCCCUUUCCUGCACGUUCUUCCAUUUCUUGUCCUCCUGGGCCUCACCCACCCGAAGCACUUACGAGUAACUGAUGCUGCUUGGAUUGCUGAGCUCUAGAAGGAAAUCCCAGGUAAUCUUCGUUAAAGGGUGCAUCUGGGCAUGGACAGCUGGGAGCUUCUCUGGCAAAUUCUCAGCUGAGUGUGGGACAACAUGCCCUAUGACGUGAACGGGGGAAACAGACUGAUUUACUCUAUUACACGAUGGGAAUUAAAACAAAAAUUUAAAAAUAUCCCCCAGUUUCCCCUCGGUAGGGAGGAGGUCUAAAAAAAAAACACCUGUUCCCCAAAGCGUUGACCUGUUCUGAACUCUUGUGAACAUCUCGGGUCCCCACUCCCCUGAGGUGUCGCUAGGGAGGAGGAUGAAGGGCUUCCAGCUGGGGCAGUGGGCAGGGAGUCAGGACGCCUGGUUUCUGGAUCGAACAGGGUCACAACUGUGACCUCAAGCCAAUGGGGAAAACUUUGGGCCACCGUUUCCUCUUAAAAGGGAGGAGGUGGGCUCCAGCUCUGAGUCAGUACUCUGGGGGUCAGAGAGCCCUAAGCUCACCUGCUCCUCCCCCCUCGCCCCGCAGACCCAGCAUUUCUUGUGCGUGGUUAGGUUAUCCUCCCCACUGUUUUAGAUUUACCACCAGAACCCACAUGUAUUUACUUUUUUUAAAAACGUAGCCAAAAGAGUUGAGUGUAGAUAAUCUGAAAUAAAGUGAUGUUUCGC